UACUUGUUGUUGCCUGUCUGAGAGAGCGUGAGUGUGUGUGUAGUCCUCCAGCCGGUCAGUCAGUCAGUCAGUCAGUCAGUCAGUCAGUCAGUCAGUCAGUCACAUUAACUAUGAAUAACUCUGAUACAAGCAACUAGAGCUCUAAUAUACACCAGAGGAUUCAGAGGGGAGGAAGGACGAGGUCACUCUGACAGAGUUGAGGAUGAUGGCCGAGGGGCGUUUUGCGAGUCUGCCCAGGUCGCUCCAUGCACAUCACAACCUGGAGGGAGGCCCCGCCCACCCUGGGGCCCCCAGCAGCAGCUCCUACUCCUCCAGGAGGCUCCAGGCUUCGCUCGCCUCCUCCAUGGACCUCCUCAGCUCCAGGCCGGGUUUUCCUCCAGGGCAGAGCGCUGGCCUCUCAGAGCCUCCCGCCGCUGCCUACCAGCCCGUCUCCAUCCAUGGGACGAUGCCUCGCCGCAAGAGGGGGGGUAACAACCCCACCCACGGGAACUACACCUGGGACCCCAGAGCCAAUCACACGCAGGCGUUCGUCGGUGGGAACACGCCUCUGUCUCCCGGGCACGUCCAUCAACCUCUGACGUCUCCGCUGGUCCAGAACAUCCUGGAAGACUUCCACGGUUACAGGGAGCCUGCUGCCGGCCCGGAUCACACGGUGGACUACGUGAAGUUCUCCAGAGAUCAGUUCAUCCUGGACUGUCCUUCAGAGAAACUCCGCAGGGAGCUGGAGGAGGAGCUGAAGAUGAACUGUGAGGAGCCCAGGAGCCACGCGUGGUAUCACGGAGCAAUUCCCAGACAGGUUGCAGAGAACUCGGUGCAGCGUGACGGGGAUUUCUUGCUCCGUGACUCUCUCUCCAUCCCAGGAAGUUACGUCCUGACCUGCCAGUGGAGAAACGCCGCCCAGCACUUUAAAAUCAACAAGAAGGUGGUGAUGCUGAACGAGGCCUACUCCCGGGUGGAGUACCGUCUGGACAGAGAAGGCUUCGACAGCGUCCCUGCACUCAUCAGAUUCUACGUCGGGAACAGGAAACCUGUCUCACAGGUGGUGGGAGCCAUCAUCUUCCAGCCCAUCAACAGAGGCCUCCCCCUGCGCUGCCUGGAGGAGAAGUACGGCCUCUCCUCUACUCACCGGGACUCGCUCAUGGCCCAGGAGAGACGCAGUCAGAAACGCCUCAGCCUCAACAUCACCAACGGACACACACACCAGGACAACACGCACACCGCGCACGACAACACGCACCAGGACAACGGCGUGGGCCGCAGCCGGCAGCUCAGGUUGAAGGAUCGCUGCGGCAGCCAACCAGCGAGUCUCAAUCAGGUCCAGGAGAGGCGACGCCCCCUCAAGGCGCACCAAUCAGAAAGCUUCUUACCUCUUGGAUGUAAGCCUCAGCCGGACCCCCUCCUCCCUGGCCCCAGCCCCAAGUCCCCGGUGUUCCGGACGGGCAGCGAGCCGGUGCUCAGCCCCUCGUUCCCCCGGAGAUCAGCCGAGCCUCUGGCAGGUCAGGUGACCCGAGGCUCCGACAGCCAGCUGUGUCCCAAGCCGCCUCCCAAACCCAGCAAAGUGCCACUGGCUCGACUCCCUCGCCCGCCCUGCCUCCAGCCGCUGGGGCCCUCGUCCGCCUCCUGCAACCACACGGACUCGUCCUCCUCCGUCUUCACAGCUCUGACUCCAGACUCCACGUGGGGGGAGGCUCCCUCGCCCGGGUGGAGGAGCGGAGCACCUCCUGCUCCUCCUGCGAAGCCUCUGAAGUUUUCCCAGGGCUCCUCCUCUUCUCUCCUCUCUCCUCCUGAACGGCUUCACUACCCGGACACAGACUCGGUGACGGGCCGGACCGAGCGGCUGCAGCCGAGUCCCGCCGACCUGAGGUCCUGCAGCUCGCUGGGCUGGGAGGAGCCGAUCUCUCCGGACUCCAUCACAGACCACGGCCCCGCCCACCAGCCGCCACCCUGCAGCUACGUGGACCGGCUGAGGAGGGAAGGAGACGGCGAGGAGGACGAGGAGGAGGAGGGAGGACGGAGAGGCCUGGACAGAAGCUCCUACCAUCACGCCAUCGCAGCCUUAGAGAACACCAGCGAGGAAGAGGAGGAGGAUGCAGGCAGGGGGGAGGAUGGGGAGGAGAAGAGGUGGAAGAGCAGCUUCCAGCGGCCGGUGGUGGAGACCGAGUCCGUGUUCAGACCGGCAGAGUUCGGGUCUCGACUCCUGCCGCCGGAGAACAAACCUCUGGAGAUGGUGGUGCUGAAGAGAGCGAAGGAGCUGCUGCUCCGGCACAACCACCACAGCAUCGCCAGACACCUGCUGCUGGCCGACUGCCAGGUUGUCAGGAUACUCGGAGUGAGUCCGGAGCUCAAAGGUCAGAUGGGCGUGUCCUCGGGUCUGGAGCUGGUGACGCUGCCGCACGGUCGACAGCUGAGGCUCGACCUCAUGGAAAGACACCACACCAUGGCGAUAGGCGUCGCUGUGGAUAUUCUGGGAUGUACGGGCAGCGUGGACGAGCGGGCGUCCACGUUAAACCGCAUCAUCCUCGUGGCGCUGGAGCUGAAGGACACGGUGGGCGACCUGUUCGCUUUCACGGCCCUGAUGAAGGCUCUGGACCUGCCUCAGAUCAGCCGACUGGAGGAGACGUGGACGGCUCUGAGACGCAACUACACACAGACGGCCAUCAGCUACGAGAAGACACUGAAGCCUUUCUACAAGAACCUGUACGAGGGCACAGCCUCCCCUCCCCCCGAGGUCUGCGUCCCCCUCCUGCUGCCCCUCCUCACCCUGAUGGAGCGCCCGUCAAUCACACCCGAGGGGGCGGAGCUGUGGGAGACCAGCGACCAGGGCUGCGACAUCAUGCUGCGCCACCUGGAGGCCGCACGUGACGUCGCACACAACACACACAGCUACACAGCCAACGCACAGAAGCUCUUACAAGGGUUUCAGGCUGACGAAGACCUGCUGGAGGUUUUCAAAACCGACUUCCAGCUGCGGCUGCUGUGGGGAAGCCGCGGAGCCUCGGUCAACCAAUCGGAUCGCUUCAGCAAAUUCACUCUCAUCCUCACCGCCUUGUCACGGAAACUGGAGCCCCCCCCCAAAACUCAAACCCUGAUCUGAUAUAUGAACAUACUCUCAGUCCGGAGCCGAGCGGGUCAACGGCAGGUGGAGCCAAGAACCAGAUGAAGGGAAGACAAAGUGAAGCACGGAAUCAAACGUACGACGCCCAGCGGCCACUGAACGCAACACCGAGGAGCUUGUACGAACUGGGGACACGAGAGACAGUCAAACUCAUUUGAACAACUUUUUUUUUAAAGAAGCUCUUAUUUCUCCUACACAUUAAAAACCAUUUUGUUAAUUUAGCCUUUUCUAAUCCACCUUAAAGCUCCAAGUGUCCUGGUUCCAUCUCGACCAAUCAUAUCACUGCACCAGCUUUAGAAAGAAGACUUGUGCCUGAAGACUUGUCCACAGUGAAGGUACAACAGGCCUUAUACAAGUAUAUUCUACAUAUUUCUUUUUAAAAAGCUGAGUGAACACGUCUGUGAGCUCUGGAGCUUUUUGUUUUCAGAAUCACUCUUAGUUUAAAAGUUAAAAUUAGAAAGCAGGGUUUAGAUUAUAAUGAAAUAAAUUAACUUAUUUUCAUACAUGUUCACACACACUAAAGGCCACAGGUUAAUACUUCACGUCGGCUUUUUUUCUGUCUGUCUUUCAGUUAGUUUGUGUAUUUAACUCUAUAACAAACCUUUUCUCCACAUCUGGAAUCUGCUUUUAACUCUGAUCCGUUUGUUGCUGGUUUAACAAGCGAGAACAAAAAGAUACUGUCAGAUACUUUCAAAGAAUCAAAGAAUCCAAACUCCUCGUUCAUUUGAAAAUUGAGCUUCACAUGUUUUUAUUCUCUGAAAUCUUUUAUUUUACAGUUACACACAUUAAUAAAACAUGACUUUGUGCAUAUUGCCCAGGAGCCGAUUUGUAAACAUAUGUAAACAUGAGACUGAAGCUGUAAAUAUCUGAAGCGUGUGUUAAUAAUGGACUGUACAUAUUUUCUGUAGAAGACUGUAAAAAAGAUGUUGAUGAAUUCUAAUGUUUAUAUUAAAUAUGAACGAUGGGGGUUAAGAUUGAAUAAAUAAGACGAAUUAA